CUGCCGUCGUCUGAGGCGCUCACUCCGGAGCCGGGAGUUGCCGCGGCUGUCGCAGUCCCUGUGGCGGCGGCCGCACAGGGUUUUCGCGCUCCUCCCUUCUCUCCUCCUCUUCGUCGCAGUCAGGGUGACCUGCCCUGCUCUCGGUGACUGCAACCUGAUGGACGACGACAACCCUUUUCAACCAAAAAGUAACCCAAAAAUGGCAGACUUCUUCAUAGAAUGUGAAGAAGAUCUAGAUCCACAGCAAAAUAAAGUAGAAGAAAGUCGGAAUGAAAAUGAUGAUGAGCUGAUCCUUGUGGGAGAGAGAUUAAGUUCACAACCAGCUAUUUCCAGUGACGAUGAUGCAUUGAAGCCUACAACUCAACACCGCAAAGAUCCAGAAGCCAGGCCAGUGGCUUCCUUGUCUAGAAUUCAUCCUAAAUCUAAGUCUUCACAGGGCUCGGUUACUCCUCAGAGCAUGUCUAAACCUGAUUUUACAAAGAAUACAUUACAAGUUGAAUUGGAUGAUUCUUCAGAUUCAUUGUUUGACUCGACCCAGGUUUCAAUACCACUGACCCAACAGGAAUUGACUAUUUCUCCUGUAGAAGAUUUAGAAGAAACUCUGCCUACAGUCAAACCUUUUGUUGCUAAUGUAAGCCAUGCUAUUCUAAAAAUGCCAAAAACCAAUGAAAAUACUGACAUAAAUCCUUCCACUUCAUUGUCUUCAGCAAGCCGUCCUUCUGUGACAUAUUCCCAUGUAAUGGUAUCAAAAGGUACAAAUGUCUCCCCAUCAACUUACUAUAAAACUGAAGCGCUUUUUAGAAGAUCUUGUCCAAAGUGCAAUAUAAAGUUCAACCUUUUGGAUCCUUUGAAAUGUCACAUGAAGCGUUGUUGUCCAGACAUGAUAAAUAUGUUUUUGGAAAUUAUUAAAGCAGAAUUUUCAGUUAUUACUGAAAAUCAAAAUACUGGUGCAGAGAAAGGAAAAUUGAUCAUGACAGUUAGUGACUUUUACUAUGGAAAGCAUGAAGGAACUUUUGAUGAUGAAGAGAAGACUUAUACAACCUUUAAAUGCAUCAGUUGCUUGAAAGUUCUUAAAAAUAAUAUUAGGUUUAUGAACCACAUGAAUCACCAUUUGGAACUCGAGAGGCAGAACAGCGAAAUCUGGGGAAACCAAUCCACCUGCCAGCGCUGCUACCGUCAGUAUCCCACACCAUUCCACCUGCAGUGUCAUAUUGAGAGUACGCACACUCCCCAUGAGUUUCCGACUAUUUGUAAAAUCUGUGAAUUAUCAUUUCAAACAGAACAUAUGCUUUUACAACAUAUGAAGGACACUCAUAAACCUGGUGAAAUGCCAUAUAUUUGCCAGGUUUGCCAGUUUAGAUCAUCAUCAUUUUCUGAUGUAGACAGUCAUUUUAGAGCAUCCCAUGAAAACACUAAGAACUUGCUAUGUCCAUUUUGCCUCAAAGUUAGUAGAAUGGCAACCCCCUACAUGCAUCAUUACAUGAAGCAUCAGAAUAAAGGAGUUUAUCAUUGUUCAAAAUGCAGACUACAAUUUUUGACCUACAACGAGAAACUGGAUCACAAGACCCAGCAUCGGACAUUUAUAAAGCCUAAAGAACUAGAAGGAUUGCCUCCUGGUACAAAAGUUACUAUUCGAGCUUCCAUUGGACCUCUUCAUUCAGGACCACCACCUGCGUUUUCCAGUAGUGUUCCAAGCACUUCUUUUCAGAUCUCACCUUCAAAAUCUAGAAGUACAACUGUUACAAGUCCCACAAAGUCUAAAGCAAAUCAGUCUCAGACAAGUAAGCUUCCUGCCACUAUAUCCACUGCAGGUCAACUUAAUGCAAAUAAGCAAGGUAAAAGUACAUCUAAAUACAGAACAAAAACCUGUUACAAGUACAAGAAACAACGCAAGAGAAAGAAUAAAAUCAGCACAGCUUUGAAGAACUUAAGGUGUCCUCAGGGAGUUCACAGGUGCAUUGAGUGUCUUUCUAAAAUAAAAGAUUUUGCAAGCCACUUUUCAAUACGUAUGCACUGUAAUAUUUGCAAAUACAACACUAACUGUAACAAAGCCUUUGGAAAUCAUAUGAUGAGCUUUCAUGGCAACCAGACAAGGAAACGGGUCUGUAUUUUUAAGAAACAUUCUAGAGUUCUCAGGGGCAUUACUCUAGUGUGCCUUAAAUGUGAUUUUGUAGCUGAUUCUUCUGGUUUAGAUCGUAUGGCUAAGCACUUAAGUCGACGUAAAACUCAUACUUGCCAAGUUAUAAUAGAGAAUGUUCCUGCAAGUACCUCAACUUCUAAACCCACUUCAACCGCUUGUUGAAAUAGAUUCCUGCUCUAUGGAGCUCGUGAAACCUGGUGCAAGACAAGUUGGAAUUUCCUAAGUUCCAAGUUCUGAAGUAUUUUCUUACACAAAGGCAGUUUCCUAAGUUCAAAGUUCUGAAGUGUUUUCUCACACAAAGGUGGUUAAACAGCCAAGUUGAUGACACUAGCUCUCAUUAUUCAGCUCUUUUCAGCUUUCAGAUGGCACUAAAUUCUUAUUCCACCUUAUCUUUGUGGCAGGUUAACAUAUCUUAACAUAUGCUUUUUUCUCUAGUUGGCUCUCUCCAAAAUUAACUUUUGUUGCUAUGAUCUUUUCUUGCUUUGCCUAAAGUAAUUUGUGCUCUUCUCUGCUGUACUUGCCUUUAGAAUACUGCAUUCCAAAUGAUAUGGCUCUUCAUUUUUUUUGUCUGUUUUGUCUGGUUUCUUAAUUUCUUAUGUCUUACAUUUUUAGGUCAGAUAGCUGUCUUUUUCUUCAUUCUUUGUCUGUCAUUGUUCUAUUUUUCAUAUUUUUCAGAUGCAGAAGCAACACCGAAAUUUCAAAAUAUGUCCAGGGUACUCCUGGUCAGUGUCCCCCUUCGAUGGACACAACUGAUGCCUAUUCUCUCUUUCCAAGGAAUGUGAAUUAUUUGACUGUGAGACCUCCUCUAGGUUGUGGCCUUAAGAAAUCAGAUCUUGGGGAGACUCCCUUUCUUUUUUUUUUUUUUUUUUUUGAGACUCCCUUUCUUCAUGACUGGCCUCCCAUAAGGCUGAUACUAAUUUAGCCAGAGAUGACCUCAAGGCCCACCAAAUUGAGCACAGCUUCCCACUGUGGGCUUUGGUUCUUGAUAUUGUGCUUAUGAGUCAAUUCUGACCAAAAAAGCUAAUCAGAUCAGCGCUUCAACAUCCAAGUUGAAGUUUAAUCAUUUGGCUGCUGCCCUUUUAUCUUCCUCUAGCAUGCAUGCAGUCCAAGGAAUUAAGAACUGGUUGUGUAGGGAACCAAGGUUACUUUCAUAUUCUUGGGAAACAAGUUUCUAAAAUUACAGUUUAAAAGCUGCAAUUAUUUGUAAUGACAUUUGAAGUUUUAUCCAGUAUUAACCCUAGGAGUUUUCAGCAAUACUAGUCAAUUUUUUUUGUUUAAUUUUAUUAUCUUGGUCUUACGUUGUCCCCCACCAAACCUAUCAAUGUCCAUUUUGUUAUGUCCACUUAUAUCUCUCUCUUUAAAAUUCUUCUUUUGUGUUUGUUUUGUUUUGUUAAGAACUCAAGAAAUUCCUUAGAAUUCUCUACAAGUUCUCUACAAAUUUCACAUAGCUACCUAGUGGUAGCUUCUUAAUUUGAUAAUUGUUCAGACCAUUAGGGAAUAUUACAUCUUCUGUCUAUCUUGGGAUUAUCACUAAUAUCAUUUUAGUGAUUGUGAUUUAAGACAUAAAAAAUUGGCAAAAACACUUCCUACAGACCUUAAAAUUAGUCUUAAAUUUACAUUUCUGUAUGUCAAAUAUGUAUUAUCUUCCUAGCCAUUAAUGUAAUUCCUUUAGAUAAAGAUAAUAUAUUCAAAAAAUAUUGGGACCAAAAAAUGCACUUGUUUCUUGCCCAUAUAUAUAUAUAUAGAUGCAUAUUUUUUUUAAUUUUGUGUUUUUUUAUUUUGUUUACAUUGAAUAUAGAUUUGCUGAACAGUUUUGAUGUUAUUACUUAUUUUUUUAAUAAAAUUUGUAUU